AUGGGUACAAAAACAAAUGUUAAUGAUUUUAAAUUGUUAAACGAAAGUAGUGGUCAUGAAUCACCAAGUGGUAUUGAAACAAAACCUGCAUUAUCUGUUAAAGAACUUACAGCAAUACUUAACAAAAAAAAUAUUUUAUAUGGUGAUAAUAAAAACUAUCCUACUUUUGGAGUAAAAAAACAAUCAUUGAAUAAUGGAAAUUCAAAAACAUUUCAUGAGAAUAAUAUAAUUUCUAACGAACAUAAAAUACUUAAAAAACCAAUUCCAUUACCAAAACCAAACUAUUUAACUUUAAAUAGAUCAAAAGAUUUUGAAAAUAAAACAUUGUCACCACCAGUUCCAAAGAAUUCAAAAAGACUAUAUGAUACAGAAGAAUUAUCAUUUUAUAAAAAUAACAAUCAACAAGUAACAUUAAAAUCUAAAAUGUCUUUAAAUAAUGAUGAAACGAUCAAAAAUGAAAUAGAAAAUAAAAUUUUACCAAUUAAAAGAAGUGAAUCAAUAGAAAGUAAAAAUAGUCCUGGUGGAAAAUCAUUAAGAGCUACAUUCGCAAAUACUAGUAUAGAAAGAUUAAAAACUUUAGAAGAAAUAGAAGAAAUAUUAUUUUCAUUUCUUAAUGAGGAUACAAGUGAAAAGUUAAAAAAAAUAGUAAAUGAAAUUGCUGAAGUUGAGUAUAAUUUUUGUAUAAAAUUACGAAGUAUAAGCCAAGACUAUCCAGAAUUUAUUAGAAGUAAUUCACCCAAAAAUAAAGAUUUAUUAAAAGAAUAUCCAAUUAUUGAGGAAAUAUCUGAAGCGUUAUCACAAAUAUUAAAUGUACAUCAUGUAUUAUUAGAACAUUUUACAUUAUUAUUAAUGAAUUGGAGAAAUUCUAGUCCAAAUUUAGCAUCUAUUUUACUUAAAGAUGGUCAUUACUUAAAAAUUUGUUCUGUUUUUAUAAGAAGAAAAAAUGAUGUUGCUGAUAUAUAUAGAAAAGCAUUACUUGAAAAUGAAAAAUUAAAUGAAUUAACAAAAUUAUAUGAAGAAAAUAUGCUUAAUAUUAAAACAAUAAAUGAUCAACGACAAAAUGGUUUUUCAGGAAAGAUGGGUGUAACUGUUUUACAUGAAUUAGAUUCUGUUCAUCAAAAUUUAGUAAGAUAUGGAUUAUUAAUGGAAAGAUAUUCUAAAGCAAUUGAUCAAUCAUUAUAUCCAGAAGAAUAUGAUUCAAGUUUAAAAGCAAUAACAUUAGUUAAAAAUUUAGCAAACCAAGUUAAUGUUGAUUUAAAAGAAGAAGAAAAUUCAUUAAAAAUGUUAGAAUUAAAUAAAAGAUUUCAUGGAAAGUAUAAUAUUAUUCAUCCAUGUCGUAAAUUUAUAUAUGAAGGUGAAUUAACUAAACAAGCAAGACGUGAUAAAUUACAAAGAUAUUUAAUAUUAUUUAAUGAUAUUUUAAUUAUCUGUAAUUGUUCAUUAAUUGGUAAAUAUAUGGAUUCAUCUAAAAUUCGAGUAUAUAAUGUUGAGGAUUAUGAAGUUAAAGUAAAAGAUCAUAUUGAUUAUGAAAAUCAAUUUGAACUUAUGACGGGAGAAAAAAGUACAGCAUUUAUUUGUUCUAGUAAAGAACAAAGAGAUAUUUGGGUGUCAAAAUUAAAAGAAAUUAAAGAAAAUGCAUUAAAUGCUAAAGAUACAAGAGUUAAAAUAAUGAAACAAAAUAAUCCUGAUAUACAAACAGAUUAUAAUUAUGAUGGAAUUUUAUAUAAAGCUGUAUGGAUACCUGAUGAAAAAAGCAAUAUAUGUUUAAUGCCAAAUUGUGGUGUUGAAUUACGUGUUUUGAGACGUCAUCAUUGUCGUCUAUGUGGUUUUUUAAUUUGUUCAAGUUGUACAGGUGAAGCUCCAAUACCAAAGUCAAGAAAUGCUGAUCCAGAUUCGACAAAUGUAUAUAAAGUCUGUCCACAAUGUUUUUAUGAUAUUAAAAAAGAAUUUGGACAUAUUUUUAAAGCCAAAAAAUUUAAGGCACCCAAAAAUCAUCAUCUUCGCAAAACUCAAAAUAUCGCAUUUGAAAAAAUAUCAAUAUUUGAAAAAAAUAAAACUGGUGAGAUUAAAAGAUGGGUAGAUUUUUCUAAUUUAAAUAUAUUUAGUAUUUUUAAAGGUGAAUUUGAUUUUGAACCAUUCAAACAAAUUGAUUUAACUCAACAAUCAUAUCGUAUUACUGUUGAUGAAAACUCAUUAUAUGAUGCUAUUUUUUCAAUAGUUAAUUUAGAGAAUAAGGCUGAAAUAUACAAAUUUCGUGUAGAGAAUGAACGUAAAAUUGAAAAAUUUAAAUUGCUAUUUAAGGACAGAUUGAUUGAAUAA